AUGUCUAGCUCAGAAACUGUUGAGCAAUAUUUUACUCGUGUUAUAGACCUUCUCAAUAAGAUGAGAGUCUAUAGAGAAGAUAUGCCCGAUAGUAAAGUAGUAGAGAAAAUUCUUCGCAUCAUGCCGAUGAAGUAUGACCAUGUAGUGACUACGAUACUAGAGUUCCACAAUAUGGACACCAUGACGAUUGCAGAGUUGCAAGGAACCAUGGAAAGUCACAUCAGUAGAAUACUAGAGAAGUCAGAAAAAUCAACCGAGGAAGCCCUAAAAAGCCGAGCGAAUUUAAGCAAUGUUGCAGAACCAAGCCGUACACAAGAAGGACGAGGACGUGGUUUCAAUCUUCAAAAUAAAGAUGAAAAUAUAUGGUACUUGGAUUAUGCUUGUAGUAAUCAUAUGUCUGGUAGAAAGGAGUUCUUUUCUUCAUUAGAUGAUUCUGUUAAAUUAUUAUUGAAGUUUGGUAAUAGUACAAAGAUCCCUAUUGAAGGAAAAGGACACAAUCCAAUUAGAUUGAAGAAUGGUUCUCUAAGUUAUAUUUCUGAUGUUUACUAUGCUCCUGAACUUGAUUACAAUUUAUUGAGUAUGGAAAAAUUAUCUGAGAAGGGAUAUAAGAUGACUUAUCAUGGAUAUUGCACUGUGUUUGACAACAAUGGAAAGUUCAUAGAUAAAGCAAAGAUGACUUCAAACAGAAUAUUUCCAUUAAAAAUUUAA